CGAAAACGAACCGACGCGUCCCGCCGCCGGUACCGAAUCCUCUAACGAGUCCACUUUCUACUUCUUCGAUAACUCGGUCUACUUCAUAAAUUUUAUUUUGUUUAUCAGUACCAUCUAUUUUUAGUAGAGUUUCAAGUGUGAGUGCACUGACAUAAGUGAUACGUGCUUUUAUUGGAUUUUUGUUUGGCGAUCUUGGAACAGUUCGUCCAGUAACCGGACACCUUUGCCGCGGUAAUGAGCCACAGCUAGCACCAUGGGGGUGGUAGACGACUUAGCCCCAAGCUUCACCCAGAAGCCGCAGCUCCGCCAAGAAGACGAUGGCAACAAGCUGGUCUUCGAGUGCCAGUUGCUGGCCUCGCCGAAGCCCGAGAUCUGGUGGUACCGCAGCGAUGAACUGCUCAAAGAAGAUAACAGGACUCAAUUCAAGAUCCAGAGCAUCGCCAACAACAAGUUCCUGGUGGUGCUCGAGCUGGACGACGUGAUCGAGACAGACGCGGGACUGUACAAAGUUAAGGCCAAGAACAAGAUGGGUGAGGUGGCCGCCUCCAUCAACCUUAACUUCAGUCCCGCUGACGAAGAAAAACAAAAACAAGUGGACGGUAAAGCGCCUACGUUCGCGCGCAAGCCUGCCAUCAGGCAGGAGGAUGAUGGCAAGCGGCUCAUAUUCGAGUGCCGCAUCGAGGCCGAGCCCGUGCCCUCCGUGUCCUGGUUCCACAACACCGUCGAGGUCAAACCCGACGCGAGGCAUAAGUUAACAGUGAACAAAGAUGGAAAAUCAUAUUAUGCCGCUUUAGAGAUCAACAAUGUGACCGUAGAGGACGCAGGGAAGUACAGAGUGACGGCCAAGAACGAACUCGGCGAAAGUAACGCCACUAUCAGCUUAAACUUCGACAGCGACGAAGCGCCCGUGCCUGAAGACUAUAUCAAACCAACGUUUACGGAGAGACCAGUCAUCAGGCAAUCGGAAGAUGGUACAAAAAUCACAUUCGAAUGUAGAUGUGUUGGCAAACCGAAACCAACCAUUGCAUGGUACCAUGGUAAAAAAUUAAUAAAAGAAAGCAGUCGAUAUAAAAUAACACUAGAUGAGGACCAAUCGUUAUACCACAUGGCGCGACUAGAAAUCAUAGGCGUAGAAAAUUCGGAUAGAGGAGAAUACAGGGCUUUGGCAAAAAACAAACAUGGUGAAGGCGUUGCAAAAAUAAAUCUAAACUUUGAAGGUGGAGAUAAACCAAAAAUUCCCGAUGGAAAAGCGCCAAGAUUUCCUAAAAAGCCUACAAUUAGACAAGAAGGGGAUGUCCUUAUUAUGGAAUGUGUUUUAGAAGCAUAUCCCUUGCCAGAUAUAACAUGGUUCCACGGAGACAAAGAAAUCAAAGAUGGAGCUAAAAUGAAGAUGUCUAGAAAGGCUAUAGGAAAAGAUACAUUUAAUUUAACCUUAGAAAUUUUAAGUCCCACUAGAGAAGACGGUGGUAACUAUAGGUGUAAUGCUUUUAACGUGUUUGGCGAGAGUAAUGCCAAUAUUGCUCUCAACUUCCAAGGUGGGGAUGAUGAAAAUGGUUUCGCACCGUCAUUCGUGGAGAAACCCCGAAUCAUUCCCAACGAAGAUGGCACUCUUAUUACCAUGCGUUGUGUUUGCAAAGCCAAGCCGGCGGCUGAAGUAACGUGGUACAGAGGCACGACUGUCAUCAAGGCUAGCAGUAAAAUUGAAAUUAAAUCAUCAGAAAUGGGAGAGGAUAUUUAUGAAUUGGUAUUGCUUUUGACCAACCCGACAGCAGCGGAUGGUGGCGCCUACCGCUGUCACGUCAAAAACGAAUAUGGUGAAAGUAAUGCCAAUUUGAACCUUAAUAUUGAAGCUGAGCCCGAACCAGAAGGGGAGGGGCCGACGUUUGUUGAGAAACCCACAAUUCAAUCUAAGGAUAAUGGCAAACUUGUAAUAAUGGGGUGUAAAGUAAAAGCUAGUCCUAAACCAACGAUAGUCUGGUACCACGAAGGCAAAGAAAUCAGGGACUCGUCGAAGAUCAAAACCAGGGUCGAGGUCAAAGAAGAUAUUUACACCAUUGUAUUAGAACUCAUCGAUCCUGGUAUUGAAGACUCCGGACUGUAUAAAUGCAACAUUAAAAAUGAACUUGGAGAGCUCAAUGCAAAUCUUACGCUCAAUAUUGAAAUCAUUCCAGUUAUCAAAGAAAAACCAAAGAUCAUUAAGAUAGUUAAAAAGAAGACUGUUAUUGUUGAAUGUAAAGUAUUAAGUAAAUUUGCGCCUGCGUGUACAUGGUUCAAGGAAGCUAAUGCUGUCAAAGAAGACUCGAGACAUACAGUGCUCAUCGAGCCUCUUAGAGAAGGUGAAUUCACGGUCAAAUUGGAAAUUUCAAAUGUUUCGCAACAUGACAAAGGAUCAUACAAACUUGUUGCUAAGAAUGAAAAGGGUGAGGCAACAUCACAACAAGUUGAAAUCACGGAAAUACCAGAAGAAAAAGGAGAAAAACCUCAGAUCAUCAAACAUUUCAGAAGUUUGGCCAAGAAAGAAAACGAGGAAGCCGAAUUUGUCGCAGUCCUUAAGACAUCUGAUCAAUCAUGCAGAUGUACUUGGUACAAGAACUCUUCGGUAAUCAGGGACUCUUCUGAGGUGAACACAUCGUUCGACGGCACCAAUGCAAGAAUAAUUAUUCGGAAAGUUUCCUCUAAGCACGUUGCCAACUAUAGAGUUGUCAUCAAGAACGAAUUCGGCGAAGACGAGUCGAGUGCGGACUUGACCUUAGUUGAGGAAAAGAAAAAGAAGAAAGAGGAGGAGGAAGAAGAAGAAAAGACCGUUAUUGAAGAGUCAGAAGAAGAAAUGUCAAUCGUAGAAGAAAAAUCUGUAAUCGAAGAAAACCACAUUGAAGAAAAGAAAAAGGAGGAAGAAAAGAAACUAUCUGCAAAGAAGGUAUCCAAAAAGGAAGAAGUCAAAAUAGAAGAAAAGAAAGACGAGGUUGAAAUUGAGGCCAAGAAGACUGAAUCUAAGGUCGAAGCCAAAAAAGUCGUCAAAAAAGAAGAAACUAAAAAAGCCGAACAAGAAAUUGAAGAAACUAAAAAAGUUCUUGAGAAGAAAACUGCAAAAUCGGAGGAAGAAAAGAAAUCCCUUCUUGAAAAAAUCGAAAAGAAGAAGGUCGAAACUGAAGAGGCUAAAAUUGAAGGCAUUCCAAAACUUAAACCAGUCAAACCUAAAGAAGAACCAGUCGAAGAAAAGAAAGAAGUUAGCAAAAAGACUGAAAAAACCGAAGAAAAGAAAAAGGUUGUUAAAAAGAAAGUCGUGGCAAAGAAAGAUGAGGAUGAAUUCGAGUUCGUCGAUGAUUACGAGCGACCAGUGCUGGAGAAAUACGAAAAGAUUACACCAACGCCACUCGACAAAAAAACAAAGGACACACAGAAGCCAAAACGCGCGUCCGUAUCAGAAAGUAUAAGAAGUGAACAAGAUAGUGAGGAAGAACCAUCAGUCGCCGCUCCAGUGCCAGAGAAAAAAACAAAAGUGGAGCCAAAGGAAGAUGAAAAGGUCCUAGAAAAACCAGAAUCUCGACGAUCCAGUAUCAAAAAAGGUGUCCCGAAACCAGAGGAGCCUGUAGAUGAACUUUCUAAAGUGAAAUUGUCCAAGGCACCGAUCAAACCUACGGAAGACAAAACCGAAGAGCCACAGGUCGCUAAAAUAAAAAAAUCUGCCAAAAAGCCCGAGGAGUCAGACUUCGUGGAUGACUACGAAAGACCUGAUCUCGAAAAGUAUGAUAAAAUGACGCCUACUCCAACUGACAAAAACAAAAAGCAGAAUGGAGUUCAGGCGGAACCUGAAUUAGUUGAUGAUUAUGAACGUCCGGAACUAGAGAAAUAUGAAAAAGUAGCUCCUACACCUAAAGAUAAACGUCGUUCUAGUGAGACACAGGAUGAGACCGAUAUAAUGAAAGGAAAAAUUAAACCCAAAGACAAGGAACCCGAACCGGAAGUGCCAACUCUUAGAAAACGGCCUGUUACCAAGGAUAAGGAGGAAGAGAAAAAACCAGAUGAAAAGCCAAAAGUAAAAACAAUUAAGAAAGAUGUUUCUGAACCUAAAAAACGAACCACCAAAGAGAAAGAGGUCGUCGUAGAUGAGUUUGUCGAUGAUUACGAGAGACCGGUUCUUGAAAAAUAUGAGAAAAUUACACCGACACCACUUGAGAAAAAGAAAAAGGAUGACAAAGCACCUGAAGAAGAAGUGCCAUCAGCCACCGCCACUGCUAGACGACGCUCUGUUAAGGAUAAAGACAAACCUGAGCCAAUGGACGUUGACGAAAGCGUCAGUUUGUCCAAACCAAAGGUUCCAGGCAAGCCAGGAAAGGAACCUGAAGACGUAUCUCUCACACAUAAAACACCAGCAGAAAUUAAACCAACGGAAGACCAAGCUGAGGCUAAACUCAAUGUCAAGAAACCAGAGAUCGUCGAGGAAAAAACUCUUAAGAGACCAUCACCUAAAGACAAGGGCACAAAGGGUGAGGACACUGAGGAAGCUGUCAGUCUCACGAAGCCUCGCACCAAAACCAAUACCACCGCUCCCGAAGAAGCCUCCCUUACACAAAAAACACCUGCCAAGAAAAAACCAACGGAGGGAUCGGAAGCAGCACAGCUCAAAGUAAAAAAACCAGCUGUCGUUAAGAAAGGAGAUGACGAAGAAGAGGCUCCUCUGACUGUACAAGAUGGUAAAUUCGAAAAACCACAGCUAAAGAAAACAGUUGUUAAGAAGCCAACAAGCAAAGCUAAUAAAGCUGAAGCUGGAACUAAAGACACUGACGACGGGAUGGAACUCGACUUUGUCGAUGAUUAUGAAAGGCCGGUUCUUGAAAAAUAUGAAAAGAUAACUCCAACACCCACAGUUCGAGAAAAGAAAGAAAAGGAACAAAAGACUGAAAGCAGGAGAACAUCCGUUCAAAAUGAGGUCAAAGAAGAGGUUACUACACAGAGCCGGAAGAGCUCAGUCAUUGAGAACCAAGCAGUCAAGCUAACAAAGGAAACAGCUGAAAGCAGAAAGUCAUCAAUAUCAUCGGUGGCAGAGCAACAACAAACUACAGCCCUUAAAAAAUCUGCUCAAAAGACCAUCAUUAAGGAACCAGAAUCAGGCGAACUGAACCAAAUCAAACUUAAGGAUGACGCAAAGACGAUAGAGGAGAAGGUAACACCAGAAUCGUUCGAUAAGCCUUCAGAAUUAUGGCGACCUACGAAAACUGACACACAGGAACCGUCAAAGGUAGUUCAGACCAAAACAACUGACGUGAAAUCAGGUCCAGAAGAUAGACCAACUGAAAGGCGUCGACCAAGCAAAACUAUUGAGGAAACAGAGAAAGUCACGGAAAUUACUGAAAAAUCGGAAACUAGAACCAAAGUGACUGGCGAUAAACCAAAAGAGCCAGAAUCUCCUCGACGGCCAAGCAAAUUAGAGGUUACCCAAAAAGAGGAAAUUACGGAAACAGAAUCUGAAAAACCAAAGGAACCGGAGGCACCUCUAACUCCCAAGCAAUCUCCUUUCCAUUUAAGAAAGAAAUCGUAUGUUGAGGAACCCGAGUUUGAAAUAAACGGCGAGUCUCAUUCAGAGAGUCCGUUGUUAAAGGAGCCGGAAAUAUUUGUAGAGGAAUCCAAACCAGAAACUCUAGGAAAACCAGUACAGUCACCGUUUUUCCCUGGGAAGAAAAAGCCUUUCCAAGAUGAAGAGGUUCCAAAACUUGGCACACCUGGUAAACAAGAAGUACAAAAUGAGGUUCCAUUUUCAUGGAACGUCAUACCAGAAAUACCACAGGCCGAACAAGCACCAGAAUUGGAAGACAAAUAUAAACCAACAUUACUAGAACCCUCUGAUACAAUGACACGAAGAAGACCAUGGUCUCCUCAGGCUGAUUGGAUAGUGGACGAGCCUAUAGCAGCAACACUCGAAAUACCACAGCUCGCUUUUAGCAGCCCAGAAACACCUGAGGAGAAAGUGGCAGUCAAAGAAGAGACAGUACAAGAAGAAGCAAAGAAGGCAAAGGUCACAUCAGUCAAGAAGAAGGCCGAGGAUCUGCCCGAGAUUGCCGACUAUGACAGGCCUGACCUUGAGAAAUAUGAGAAGAUAUCUCCAACACCUUCAACUAGGGACAAACUAGAAAAAGACAAGCCAAUUCCUAAAGUACCUGAAAUUAAGGCGCCGGAUGAGAAACUGGCUGCACCUAAGAUCGAGGUGAUACGCGAGAAAUCUCCCAAACCCGAGAUGCCAAGGAAACCAUCACUGGUGCCCGGAGCUCCCGUCGGAAGGCGAGGUUCUCUCAUUCCUCCACCAGAGGAAAUGGGAAGACGACCUUCGCUUAUCAUCAGCGACGAGGAAAAUAGAAAACUAAGACCUGGUGAGGUGGUCGAAGAGAAGAAGCGACGAAAAUCCGGAGACGCCAGGAGGCCGUCGGUUCAGGAUCUGGAAGAUCUCAUUAACAAGCCUUCAGUUCCGCUGAAACCAAUCGGCAAUGAAGGACCUCCUGUUAUUGUGGACGUGCAAGAGAGCUAUUCAGCCGUCGAAGAUCAAACUGGCUAUCUCACGGUACAAGUGGAAGGCAACCCGCCUCCCACAUUCAAAUUCUACAAGGGGGUCACGGAGAUCAUCGAGGGUGGCCGCUUCAAAUUCAUCACUGAUGGUGAAACCGGUCUGAUCACGCUGUGCAUGAGAAAGGUGAAGCCCAACGAUGAGGGUAAAUACAAGGUCGUGGUCAGCAACAUCCAUGGUGAAGACUCUGCUGAGAUGCAACUUUACGUGUCUGACUCCAGUGGUAUGGACUUCCGUGCCAUGCUCAAGAAGAGGAAGUACGCCAAAUGGGGCGAGAAGAAGGAAGACCCGGAUUGGGGAGACCUCAAAGAAGUGGACAAGCCAAUUCCGCCACUAAAGAAAGUAGAAAAGAGACACCAUAACCGAAGGCGAUCGCUCGCGGAGCUGAUCCCUGAUUGGCCGGUGCUGCACUCGUUCAAAAGAGACGAGAAACAAGAGUCAUUCUUGAAACCUCUCGUUGAUCAAUUUGCUAAGGAAGGCAAGGAUAAGAAGGUGGUCUUCGAAGCCAUCUUUACUAAGCCGAAUGCAAAGCCGAAAUGGUUCUUCCGUAAGGAUGAGUUAUUCCCGGGAUCCAAGUACAAAAUGACGAACGAACAAGAUUCUUACAAGCUGAUCAUCAUGAAUCCCAAAGUAGAAGACACUGGUAAAAUCACCAUUGAAAUAGGCGGGAUCACGUGCACGGCGUUCUUGCAAGUCGACGAACCUGACCCUACGUACACCUUCACGAAACCGCUUAAGAAGACUACGAGUGGAUACACGAAACACGAAGUAGUCUUAGAAUGCGCUGUAUCUAACAGUCUUGCUAUCGUCUCCUGGUGGAAGGGAGACUCCAAGAUUGAAGACGGUGAAGAUUUCCAGAUAUCUAAAGACCUAUCUGGAGUGUGCAAGCUCGUUAUUAAGAGUGCUAAAUUGGAAGAUGCAGGCAAAUAUUCGUGUAGAAUCGAAAAGCAGCCUGACAAGACUGAGACUGAUGUUAAGAUUGUAGAAUACCCAUACAAGUUUACUAAGGUGCUUAAAUCGCAACAGGCGAUUGAGAAAGACACCAUUACUUUACUCUGCGAGCUUGAUGACGCUGGUGGUGAUGUACAAUGGUUCAAGAACGGUGAGCCGUUGAAGACAGACAAACGCGUGACGAUCGUGAAGGAGGGUCGCAAGCGCAAGGUCGUCAUCAAGGACGCCAAGGUCACUGACGCUGGCAACUUCAAGUGUACCAGCAACGCCGACGAGACCACGUGCGAGUUGAUCGUCAAUUACUCUAAUCGCUUCAACAAGAAGUUGAAGGACACAGAAGCAAUUGAGAGGGAUAAGGUUGUGUUGGAAGUGGAACUCCAGGACCAGACCGCUGAAGCCGUUUGGUCAUUCAACGGACAACCAAUUGUUCCUAAUGACAGAAUCGAAAUCAAGAACCUGGGUGGAGGCAAACACCAGUUGAUCUUCAACAAACUGGAGAUGGAAGACGACGGUGAAAUCCUGUGCGAGUCCGGCAAACUGAGCUCGUCCUGUAAGCUGACGGUCAAGAAGGGGGAGUCCAAGCCCGCGAUAGAGUGCCCGGAAGAUUUCUACGGGCCCGCAGGACAGCCGUUUGUCAUUGAGGUGCCUUAUAAAGUUACUGGCACCCGACAAACGCCAAUCGAAGCUAAAUUAUGGAAGGAUGGUAAAGCAUUACCAGUCAAGGAAGUAGAAGCCGUGGUCGAGCAGGAGAAGGUCCUGUUCAAGAUCAAGAAACCAACGAGGGAAGGUUCUGGCAAAUACCAGAUCAAAUUGUCUAACGCACAGGGAGAGGAUUCUAAGGAUGUCACAAUCACCAUGCAGAGUGUUCCAACGCCGCCCCAAGACGUGAAUGUGGCCGAGGUGUUCCAAACGUCGUGCUUGGUCACGUGGAAGGCGCCGCAAGAUGACGGUGGCGCCCCAUUAGUCAAAUACAUCAUUGAAAGACAGGACCUGUCUCUGAAAGCUGGAUGGGAUAACGUGGGUGAAGUGCCUCAAGGUCAACCACUCAAGUACAAAGUCGAGGAUCUCAUCGCCAAGAAGACGUAUAAGUUCAGGAUCCGAGCCGUCAACAAGAUCGGCCCCAGUGAGCCUGGGCUGUUCGGGAAACCUGUGCUGGCCAAGGAUCCAUGGGAUGAGCCGUCCAAGCCCAAGAACGUGGAACUGGCGGAUUGGGACAAGGACCAUGCCGACCUCAAGUGGCAGAAGCCUGAUAACGAUGGCGGAGCACCCAUCACCGGCUACGUUAUUGAAUACAAGGAGAAGUUCGGCAAAGACUGGGUGACCGGCAAAGAAGUGCCCGGCGACUGCCUGGCUGCGACUCAGGACGGCCUGAAGGAAGGCUGCACGUAUGAGUUCAGGGUUCGCGCCAUCAACAAGGCCGGCCCUGGUGAACCCAGCGACACCACCAAACCCAUUGUUGCCAAGUGCAGAUUCGUGAAACCGUACAUCAUCGGCGAGGGUCUCCAGAACAUGAUCAUCAAGAAGGGACAGGUCAUCGCCUUCGACAUCAAGUACGGAGGCGAGCCCGAGCCGGAGGUCAAGUGGAUGAAGGGAGAAGAGAAACGUGGAAAGCCGUACACGGAGAAGGAGAUCCACGACGACGGUGACCGCAUCACCAUCGACAAGUAUGAGAGAAACACUGUUCUUACUGUCAGGAAGACCAGCAGACCAGACAGCGGGAAGUACAAACUUGUGCUUACCAACUCGUCUGGUACCUGCGAGAGCAUAGCUGACGUGGUGGUGCUUGACAAACCCAACAGACCAAAUGGUCCCAUCGAAGUUGUGGAUAUUCGCGCCGAAAAAGCCACAGUCAAAUGGAAGAAACCAGAUGAAUGGCAAGGAUCAGACAUCACUGGGUACACACUGGAAAAAAUGGACAUGGACACUGGCAAUUGGGUGCCGUGUGGUGAAACUGGACCAGAUCCUACAGAGUUCCAAGUCAAAGGCCUGACCCCCAAUCACAAGUACAAGUUUAGAGUGCGCGCCGUCAACAAGGAGGGCGAAUCUGAACCUUUGGAGACCGAAGGAUUCAUCGUUGCUAAGAAUCCAUACGACCCGCCAAAGGCGCCAAGCAAGCCAGUCAUAAUAGACUACGACAACAUGUCCGCUACUUUGCAAUGGGAGGCGCCUUCUGACAACGGCGGGCGACCCAUCCUGGGAUACGUCGUGGAAAUGAAAGACAAGUUCACCGCAGACUGGAUUGAGGUGGUGAAGACCGAGGACACGAAGACGGAAUACAAGGUUGAGGGCCUCAAGGAAAAAAUGGUCUAUCAGUUCAGAGUGAAGGCCUACAAUAAGGCUGGAGUCGGUGACGCUUCACAACCCACUGACAACCAUCUCUGCAAGCAUAAGAACUUGAAACCUCGCAUCGAGCGCAGCACAUUCAAGUCGGUGAUCAUCAAGGCCGGGCGCACUCACAAGUGGUCUGUGGAUGUCAUCGGUGAACCACCACCAGAGUGCUCUUGGUCAUGGCGCGAGAACAUAAAGCUGGUUAACACCGAACGCAUCAAGAUCGAGAAUGUAGAUUACCACACCGACUUCACCAUAGUGAAUGCGGUGAGACGUGACACUGGCAAGUACAAGUUGAGGGCUGAGAACUGCAAUGGAUUUGAUGAGGAGACCGUGGAGCUCACUGUACUUAGCAAGCCGUCUGCUCCUAAAGGUCCACUGGAAGUAUCAGACGUCCACGCGGAAGGCUGCAAAGUGCGGUGGGAGAAGCCUGAAGAUGACGGCGGCUCCCCCGUCAAGGAGUACGAGCUGGAGAAGAUGGACAUGGCCACUGGAAAGUGGGUCAGAGUGGGCAGAGUCGCCGGAGACAAGAAGCCCCUGGAGAUGGAGGUGACGGGCCUGGAGCCAGGUCACCAGUACAAGUUCCGAGUGACAGCUUGCAACGACGAGGGCGACUCCGAGCCGCUGGAGACUGAGCGAGCUACCCUCGCGAAGAAUCCCUUCGACGUGUCGGACAAGCCCGCCAACGUGCAAGUGGCGGACCACGACAACCAGAGCGCGGACAUCAAGUGGGAGCCGCCGCGGGCCGAUGGCGGCGCCCCCGUGCUCAAGUACAUCGUGCAGAAGAAGCCCAAGGGCGGCGACUGGGAGAACGCCGCCGAGGUGCCAGGUUCUCAGACCUCGGCGAAGGUGGAGGGGCUGCCGGAGGGCAGCGAGUACCAGUUCCGGGUGAUCGCCGUCAACAAGGCCGGCCAAUCGGAGCCCUCGGACCCCACCAAGAUGACCAUGAUCAGGCACAAGGCCCUGAAACCUCGCAUCGACCGUACAAACUUAAAGGCGCUGGCUGUAAGAGCUGGAAAGCCGAUCUUCUUCGACGUCAACGUCAAGGGUGAACCCGCGCCCCAGGUGCAGUGGUUCCAGAAGUGGAAGGGAGAAGAGAAGGAGGUCAAAGAAAACGUCAUCAACGUAGACUACAACACGAAGCUGGACAUCAAAGAAGCUGUGCGCGCCAUGACUGGCACAUACCGCAUCCUGGCCACCAAUCAGCACGGCUCUGAUGAGGCAGACGUGGAGAUAACUAUACUGUCUGCCCCGGGCAAACCUGGUGGGCCGCUGAAGGUCGCUGAUGUCACUAAAUCUGGUUGCAAGCUGGCGUGGAAGAAGCCGGAAGAUGAUGGUGGCAAACCCGUCACCGGCUACGUGGUGGAGAAACUCAACAAGGCCACCGGCAGAUGGGUCCCCGUCGGCAAGACUGACGACACGGAGAUGGAGAUCAAGGGGUUGCAAGAGGGAGAGGAGUACGAGUUCCGAGUGAAGGCCGUCAACGAGGAGGGAGAGUCCGAGCCCCUGAAGACGGACCACUCCAUCAUCGCUAAGAACCCUUACGAUAUUCCGGGCAAGCCGUCGGUGCCCACGAUCGAGGACUGGGACGUGGACCGCGUGGACCUGAAGUGGGAGGCGCCCAAGAACAACGGCGGCGCGCCCAUCACCGGCUACGUCAUCGAGAAGAAGGAGAAGUUCGGCUCCUGGCAGGAGGCGCUCGUUACCGACACGCCGAAGUGCGAAGCCCGCGUGCCGGAGCUGAAGGAGGGCAACACGUACCAGUUCCGCGUGCGCGCCGUCAACAAGGCGGGCCCCGGCGAGCCCGGGGAGCCCACGCAGCCGCACGUCGCCAAGGCCAGAUUCUUGAAGCCCUGGAUCAACCGGGACAAAAUGCACGCGAUCCGCAUCCGCGCCGGGCAGACCGUCAAACUGGACGUCGACAUCAAGGGUGAACCCCCGCCAACCAAGACCUGGACCUUCGCCAAGAAGGUCCUGGAGAACGGACCUGGCAUCAAGCUGGAUAACGAGGAUUAUAACACCAAGCUCCAGAUCUUCGAAGCCACUUGGCAGAACACUGGAGUUUACACUCUGAAGGCGGAGAAUGACUCGGGAGUCGAUGAGGCUACAGUAGAAGUCACUGUUUUGGACAAGCCCGGCAAACCAGAAGGCCCGCUGGAAGUGUCAGACGUGCACGCAGACCACGCCAAACUCAAGUGGAACAAACCCAAACACACCGGCGGUCUGCCACUGAGCGCCUACGUGCUGGAGAAGAUGGACACCUUGACCGGGAAAUGGGUCCCGGCGGGCACCAUCGAUCCGGACACUACUGAAGCUACUGUCACUGGUUUGGAGCAAGGCCACACUUACCAGUUCAGGGUGAAGGCACUGAACGAGGAGGGCGAGUCGGAGCCCUUGGAGACCGACCACGGAACCCUGGCGAAGAACCCGUACGACGUGCCGUGCCCCCCGGGGCUGCCCGACAUCGUGGACUGGGACGAGAAGAGCGCCAAGCUGAAGUGGGAGCCGCCGAUCAGGGACAACGGGGCGCCGAUCACGGGAUACGUGAUCGAGGUCAUGGACAGAGAUAGAGGAGAGUUUGUUAAGGCGGUGGAAAUCCAAGGCAACGUUUGCCAAGGCACGGUGCCUAAACUGGAGGAGGGCAACCAGUACCAGUUCAGGAUCCGCGCCAUCAACAAAGCUGGACAAUCGGAACCUUCGGAAAACACCAAUUGGCACACGGCCAAGCCAAGAUUCUUGAAACCGAGGAUCGACCGCACGAACCUGAAGCCGGUGACGGUGAAGGCCGGUCUUCCGGUCUCGCUGGACGUCAAGGUGUUCGGGGAGCCCCCGGCCACUGUCACUUGGCACUUCAAGGGUGAAGAGCUAAAGAACGGUGAGAACCUGGAGAUCGUGAACGUGGACUACAACACCAAGUUCCUGAUGACGAAGAGCAAGCGCGCCAACACCGGCGUCUACGUCAUCAGGGCCAAGAACGAGGUCGGCGAGGACGAGGCCGAGGUCGAAAUAUCUAUACUCGGCAAGCCGACCAAACCCAAAGGGCCAUUGGACGUGUCAGACGUCACCAAGAACGGCUGCACGUUGACCUGGAAGAAACCGGAAGACGACGGCGGCUCUCCCAUCGAGUAUUACGAGAUCGAGAAACUGGACCCGCUUACUGGUCAAUGGAUACCGUGCGGCACGGCCAAGGACUGCAAGGCCAACAUCACCGGCCUCUCGGAAGGCAAGCCUUACAAGUUCCGGGUGAAGGCUGUCAACAAGGAGGGAGAGUCUGAGGAGUUGGAGACUGAGAAGCCGAUCAUUGCUAAGAAUCCUUACGAUGAGCCUGGCAAACCAGGUCGUCCAGAGCCUCGCAACUGGGACAAAGACUUUGUGGAGCUGGAGUGGUCUCCGCCCAAAGAAGAUGGCGGCGCGCCCAUCACCGGCUACAUCAUACAGAAGAGGGAGAAGGGAGGACGAUCGUGGCAAGAGUGCCUGCGCACGAGUGGCGACCGCCCGGCCGGCCGCGUGACGGACGUGGAGGAGGGGCACGAGUACGAGUUCCGCGUGCUCGCCGUCAACAAGGCGGGCCCCGGGGAGCCCUCGGACCCCAGCAAGUCGGUCAUCGCCAAGCCACGGUUCUUGGCACCACACAUCGACCGCAAGAACCUGCAGAAACGCAAGAUCAAGGUCGGGCAGCCGCUCAAGAUGGAGGCCGACGUCAAGGGAGAACCGGAGCCCGCCAUCACCUGGACCUUCAACGGAGAAGUGCUCAAGGCCCAAGAAAGGCUGAAGAUCGAAAACAAAGACUACCACACCUCGUUCGCCCUACAGAAGUUGACGAGGGCCGACGGUGGUAAAUACGUGGUGACGGCCAAGAACGACUCGGGAACUGACACUGUUGAGAUCGAAGUGCAGGUCGUCAGCAAACCCGCUAAGCCUAAAGGGCCUUUGAAGGUGUCAGACGUAAAAGCCGACGGCUGCAAGCUCAAAUGGGAGCCUCCAGAGGACGACGGCGGGGAACCCGUCGAGAGUUACGUCGUCGAGCGAAUGGACACCGAAUCAGGGAGAUGGGUCCCGGUCUGUACGACGAAGACCCCGGAGGCUGACGUCACGGGGCUCAACGAGGGCAAGGACUACAUGUUCCGGGUGAAGGCCGUCAAUCCCGAGGGAGAGAGCGAGCCUCUGGUUACGGAGAGUGCUACCACGGCCAAGAAUCCUUACGGCGAACCCGACGCCCCCGGCAAGCCCGAGUUCAAGGACUGGAGCAAGGAGCACGUGGAGCUGAAGUGGGAGAAGCCCGCCAGCGACGGCGGCGCGCCCAUCACCGGCUACAUCGUGGAGAAGAAGGACAGGGACACCGGCAAGUGGGUCAAGGCUGCUGAGGUUCCUGGCAACAAGACCGAGGCCAAGGUCCCGGAUCUGAUCGAAGGCAAGACAUACCAGUUCAGGGUGAAGGCGGUCAACAAAGCCGGCCCUGGGAAACCUUCGGCGGCCAGCGAGAAUCUGCUCGCCAAAGAUAGAUUCGCCGCGCCGAAGAUCGACCGCACCAACAUGCGCGACAUCACCAUCAAGGCCGGCCAGCACAUCAGGCUGGACGUCAAGGUGUCCGGCGAACCGCCGCCGACCAAGACUUGGUUCCACAACAAGGAAAGGUUAUCCACCCGCGAUGACCUGACCGUGGACGCUGAAGACUACAAGAUCAAGUUAUCAGUAGUAGUGGCCGCGAGGAAACACAGCGGCACUUACGUUCUGAAGGCUGAGAACAGUAGUGGAAGGGAUGAGGCCAGCAUCAACGUUAUUGUGCUGGAUGUUCCUGCCAAACCUGAGGGACCACUCAAGAUCUCGGACGUCCACAAGGAAGGCUGCACGCUCAAAUGGAACCCACCGGUAGACGACGGUGGCGCCCCCAUCGACCACUACCUCGUGGAGAAACUCGACACGGAAACCGGAAGAUGGAUGCCGGCCAUGAAGACCAAGGAUCCCAAGGCUGAGAUAGAGAACUUGGUGCCUGGACACGAGUACAAGUUCAGGGUGUCUGCCGUCAAUAAUGAGGGACAAUCUGAACCUCUGGAGGCAGAUCACUCCAUCAUUGCUAAGAAUCCAUUCGACGAGCCCGGCAAACCUGGAACUCCUGAAGUUGUGGACUGGGACCGCGACCACGUGGACCUCAAGUGGGAGAAGCCGAUCAAGGAUGGCGGCGCGCCCAUCACCGGCUACAUCAUCGAGAAGAGGGAAGUCGGUUCACCGAAGUGGGUGAAAGCUUGCGAAGUGGGACCGAACGACAAUGAGAAGGCGACCGUCCCCAACCUGGACGAGGGUACGGAGUACGAGUUCCGUGUGAAGGCGGUCAACGAGGCUGGUCCGGGAGAACCUUCCGAUGCCAGCAAGUCUGUCGUCUGCAAGCCUAGGAGACUGGCGCCAAAGAUCGACCGCCGCAACUUGCGCACCAUCAAGGUGCACGAGGGCGAGCCCAUCGCCCUGGACGUGAAGGUGUCCGGCGAGCCCGCGCCCGCCGUCAGCUGGUCGCUGGCCGGGAAGACCGUCUCCAGCGGGAACGGGCUCAAGCUGGUUGAGAUUCCAUAUCUCAGCAAGUAUCAACAUUCAAGUCCGCGCAGGAAGGACUCUGGAACUUACAAGAUUCAGGCCGUCAACAAAUACGGCCAAGACACAGCCGAAUUGGAGAUCAUUGUUACAUCGAAACCAGAGAAGCCAGAAGGCCCACUAGAAGUGUCAGAUAUCCACAAAGAUGGCUGCACACUUAAAUGGAAGAGGCCCAAGGACGAUGGUGGAGAACCCAUCGAGGCUUACCUGGUGGAGAAAUACGAUACCGAGACAGGAAACUGGGUGCCCGUGGGCAAGACCUUGGGCAAUGUGCCUGAGAUGGAGGUCGACGGGUUGAUCCCUGGCCACGAGUACAAGUUCCGAGUGAAGGCUUUGAACAAGGAGGGCGAAUCCGAACCUUUGGAGACCUUCGGCGCCAUCGUCGCCAAGGAUCCAUUCACUGUACCGGAAGCCCCAUCGGCGCCAGUCCCAGACGACUGGUCGGCCACGCACGUGGACCUCAAGUGGGAACCUCCCCUAUCGGACGGCGGGUCUCCCAUCAUUGGCUACAUCGUGGAGAAGAAGGACAAGUAUAGUCCACUGUGGGAGAAGGCGAUAGAGACGCAUACGCCGUCGCCUACUGCUACUGUUAAUGGCUUAAUCGAAGGCAACGAAUAUCAGUUCCGAGUGAUCGCCAUCAACAAGGCGGGUCAGAGUAAACCUUCUGACGCCAGCAAGAACUUCAUCGCCAAACCCAGGUUCCUGGCGCCCAAGAUCGACAGGAGACACCUCCGUGACGUCACCAUCUCGGCCGGAUCCACCCUCAAGAUGGAGGCGGCCAUCACCGGCGAACCCGCUCCGGCAGUCGAUUGGAGAUUCCAGAACGUUCCUCUCCGUCCAUCCAAGGCUGUCAUGAUUGACAGUCCCGACUACUUCACCAAGGUGGUGGUCAGGCCUGUCAAACGCGACGACUCCGGGGAGUACACUGUCAUAGCCGUCAACUCUAGCGGCAAGGACACAGUCACCAUCAAUGUGUUGGUCACUGAUAAGCCUUUGAAACCUGAGGGGCCAUUGCAAAUUUCGGACGUACACAAAGAGGGCGCUACACUGAAAUGGAAGCGGCCGAAGGACGACGGUGGCGCGCCCAUCGAGUACUACCAGAUCGACAAGCUGGACACGGAGACGGGAUGCUGGGUGCCUUGUGCUAGAUCUGAAGAGCCCAAAUGUGACGUUACUGGCCUGACCCCUGGCAAAGAAUACCGUUUCCGAGUGUCUGCUGUUAAUUCAGAGGGAGAGUCAGAACCCCUCACUUCUGAACAGAGCAUCGUCGCUAAGAAUCCGUUUGAUGAGCCUGGCGCGCCCGGCACACCAAGCGUGACAGACUGGGACAAGGACCACGUGGACCUCAAAUGGACGCCGCCCACCACCGACGGUGGCGCCCCCAUCGAGGGCUACGUGGUGGAGAAGAAGGACAAGUUCGGCAACUGGGAGAAGGCUCUAGAAGUGCCAGCCAAUCAGACCAACUGCACUGUUCCUGAUUUAGUUGAAGGACAGACUUAUGAGUUUAGAGUCCGUGCGGUGAACAAAGCGGGCCCCGGCGAACCGAGCGACAGUACUCACCCGAUAGUGGCGAAACCACGCAACCUCGCGCCUAAGAUCGACCGCACUAACUUAGUGGACAUCAAGAUUAAAGUCGGACAGAAGUUCGGGUUCGAUGUCAAGGUCACUGGCGAACCGAUGCCCGAAACGAAAUGGUUCCUCGCCAAGAAAGAGGUGAAGUCUGGCGGCGAGAUGAAGGUCCAGCAUUCCGACUACAACACGAAGCUGAACUGCAAGGCGGCCACCAGAGCCGACAGCGGCCGAUACACUAUUACUGCAGAAAACGUAAACGGAAAAGACGUGGCUGAAGUGGAAGUCAUCGUUCUUAGUGUGCCCAGCCCGCCAGGAGGACCGCUUAAGGUGUCAGACGUUCACGCCCACGGCGCCAAGUUAUCAUGGAACCCGCCAGCCGACAAUGGUGGUCAGCCCAUAGAGAAAUACAUCGUGGAGAGAAUGGACGAGGCCACUGGAAGAUGGGUAACCGCCGGGGAAACCGACGGACCAGAGACAAGCUUAGCUGUAGACGGACUGCAGCCAGGACAUAAAUACAAGUUCAGAGUCCGCGCUGUAAACAGGCAAGGCAAAUCCGAGCCUCUGACGACGCCGCACGCGACGGAGGCCAAGAACCCGUACGACGUGGCGGGCAAGCCGGGCACGCCGCGCGUCCGGGACUUCGACCGGGACUUCGUGGAGCUGGAGUGGGCGCGGCCCGACAGCGACGGCGGCGCGCCCAUCACCGGCUACGUCGUGGAGAAGAAGGACAGGUUCUCGCCCGACUGGGAGGAGUGUGCUAAGAUCGAAGGCGAUGUAACAUCCGGCAAAGUUCCGGACCUAAUCGAAGGCAACACGUACGAGUUCCGUGUCCGGGCCGUCAACAAAGCCGGUCCGGGAGUGCCCAGCGACAGUACCGCCCCCCACCUCGCCAGACCCAAGAACCUGGCUCCACAUAUCGACAGAAACUUCAUGUUUGAUAUCAAGGUCAAGGCCGGCCAGAACUUCGAGCUGGACGUCCCAGUGGCGGGAGAACCCACCCCCACAAAGGAAUGGACCCACGGCGACAACAUCGUCAUCAACACCGACCGCGUCAAGAUCACCAACGACGCGCACACUACCAAGUUCCGAGUCAUCGACGCCAAACGCGCUGAUGCCGGAUCUUACACACUCAAAGCCAAAAACCACAAUGGAACAGACACUGCCACUGUUAAAGUCGUUGUUCUGGAUGUACCCUUACCACCAGAGGGUCCACUAAGAGCCGAUGACAUCACCAAAUCCGGCUGCACGUUGCGCUGGAAACCGCCCAAGGAUGACGGCGGAAGCGAAAUCACGCACUAUGUCGUCGAGAAAAUGGAUCAAGAGAACUUGCGGUGGAUCCCGGCAGGCGAAGUCCAAGCUUGCAGCAUCAGAAUCGACCAUCUCAUCGAAGGUCACGACUACAACUUCAGGGUACGCGCUGUCAACAAGCAAGGCGAAUCGCAGCCUCUUAUUGGCCACGAACCCGUUACGGCUAAAGAUCCCUAUGGAACCCCAGACAAACCUGGAACACCGGUCGUUAAAGACUGGGACAAGGAUCAUAUGGACCUGGAAUGGGUGCCACCGAAGAAGGAUGGCGGAUCACCCAUCACUGGUUACAUUGUCGAGGCCAAGAAGCGUUACGGACCUUGGGAAGUCGCCGCUACCGUACCAGGAAACCAGACCACUGCCACUGUGCCCGGCUUGACCGAAGGCGAAGAAUACGAGUUCAGAAUCAUCGCCGUUAACAAGGCAGGAAAUGGCGAGCCUAGUGACGCAUCCACACCUCAAGUCGCUAAGGCCAGAUUCUGCGCACCGCACUUUGACAAAAUGCUUUUGGCUGACAAGACAGUCAAAGCUGGUCAAAGAAUACAGUACGAAAUCCCUAUUGAGGCCGCGCCGAAACCGACGGUCGAAUGGCAGAUCAACGGAAAGGUCGUUCAUCCCAACGAUCAUAUCGAUAUCCAAGUUAUGCACAACAGGGUCAUUCUAGACAUUCCAUUCUCUGUCAGAGCUGACGGAGGCGUUUACAAACUGACCCUCAAGAACGACCUUGGAGUGUGCUCAGGAGCUGCCCAAGUCACUGUAUUGGACAAGCCUUCGAGGCCGGAAAAACCUUUGGUCGUUUCAGACGUCACGAAAGAUUCUUGCUCACUUACUUGGAAGGUACCUUUGGACGACGGCGGAUCACCGAUCUUGCAUUACGUCAUUGAAAAGAUGGAUUUGACACGUGGAACCUGGUCUGACGCCGGAAUGAGUACUUUCCUCUCUCACCAAGUGACCAGAUUGAUCCACAUGAAGGAAUAUCUAUUUAGGGUUAGCGCUGUUAACGCUAUUGGUCAAUCUGAGCCAUUAGAAUUAGACCGCGCGAUUGUGGCUAAGAAUGAAUUCGAUGAACCGUCGGCGCCUGGCAAACCCGAGGCGACUGACUGGUCCAAAGACCACGUGGACUUACAAUGGACGACGCCUAAAUCUGAUGGCGGCUCGCCUAUCACUGGCUACAUCAUUCAAAAGAAGGAGAAAGGAAGCCCCUAUUGGGUUAACGCAGUGCACGUCCCAGCCAAUAAGAAUAAGGCUACGGUACCUGAUUUGGUUGAAGGCCAAGAUUAUGAAUUUAGAGUUAUCGCAGUUAACCAAGCAGGCCAAUCAGAGCCUAGCGAGCCUUCAGAUAUCAUUACAGCUAAAGAUAGAUUUGUGGCGCCAAAGAUCAUUACGCCACUUAAAGAAAUCCGCAUCAAGGCCGGACUUAUCUUCCAUUUGGACGUGGACUUUAUUGGAGAGCCUACUCCUGAGGUUAAAUGGACUUGCGAUGGCAAACCAGUUCUAUCAAAUGAGAGGACAACAGUCACAUCUGUCGGUCAUCACACGAUUAUCCAUACGGUGAACUGCAAGCGAUCAGAUGCAGGCAAAUACCAUUUAAUGUUGAAGAACGACUCUGGAUCGGACGAAGGCAGUUUCGACCUUAUUGUUCUGGAUGUACCGGCUCCACCACAGCCACCAUUCGAAUACGAAGAAAUCACGGCUCAGUCCGUCACAUUAUCUUGGAAACCACCUAAGGAUAAUGGCGGUAGUGAACUGACAGCUUACGUCAUUGAAAAGAGAGAUCUCACCCACGGCGGUGGAUGGGUACCGGCUGUUACGUAUAUCAAUCCUAAAUUCAACCACGCUACUGUACCCAGACUUCAAGAGGGAACUAAGUAUGAGUUUAGAGUAUUCGCUGAGAAUUUACAAGGACGUUCUGAGCCUCUGGUAACAGACAGGGCUGUUGUCGCUAAGAACCAAUACACAGUACCUGGUAAGCCUGGUAAACCAGAGUUGGUGUCCGCUGAUAAAGACCACAUUAAGAUCAAAUGGUCUUCGCCUAUUUCCAACGGUGGGUCGAACAUACUUGGUUACGACGUUGAGAGACGAGAUAAGGCAAGUGGCCGCUGGAUAAAACUGAAUAAGGACCCUGUCAAAUUCAACGAAUAUGAAGACGACCGAGUUCAAGAUGGCCACCAAUACGAAUAUAGAGUGUCGGCAGUUAACGCUGCAGGCCCUGGUCAACCUUCGGAUCCUUCAAAUGUGUUCAUCGCCAAGCCUAUGAAGGAGAAACCAAAACUACACUUAGACCAUCUCAUCGGGCGUAAGGUCAAAGUCCGUGCUGGCGAACCUAUUAAUAUUAACAUUCCAAUUUCUGGUGCUCCCACACCAACCAUCUCCUGGACCAAGGGAUCGAUCCCGCUUGUACCAUCGCACAGACUUUCGACAGAGACAAAGAACGAUGAGACUAAAUUCUCCAUUGAAAAAUCUACAAGAGACGACGCUGGAAAAUACACGAUCACAGCCAGCAAUGCACAUGGUAAAGAUUCUGCCGAUAUUGAAGUUAUCGUCGUCGACAAGCCAGGAGUGCCUAAAGGACCUCUUAUUUGCACUCCUGUCACACACGACUCCAUCAGUCUCACAUGGAACCCGCCGACGGACGACGGCGGCAGCGAAAUCACCGGAUACGUCGUCGAAGUGGCAGAAUUUGGUGUCAACGAUUGGCGAACAGUCGCCGGUUUCUGUCCGAAGUGCUCGUUCACUGUCAAGAACUUGACUGAAGGCAAGAAAUAUCUGUUCAGAGUACGCGCUGAGAACUUGUACGGAGUUUCCGAUCCUUUGGAGAGCAAACCUGUUGUUGCGAAGUCUCCAUUCGAUCCUCCAGAUGCGCCUGACACACCUAAGAUUACCGGAUACAGCGCUAAUAGCUGCUCUCUGGAAUGGCAGCCACCUGCGAACUGCGGCGGUAAGCCCAUCACUGGUUAUUACGUUGAGAAGAGAGAACGCGGAGGUGAUUGGGUCAAGGUCAACAACUACCCUACACCUAAUACGUGUUACACAGUAUCGGACUUGCGCGAAGGAAACCGAUAUGAAUUCCGCGUCAUUGCAGUUAACGAAGCUGGUCCUGGUAAACCCAGCAAACCAACCGAACCGAUUACAGCCCAGACUCAACGCCUUAAGCCCAGUGCUCCAGAGGCGCCUAAACCUGACAGAGUUACUAAGGAUUCUGUCACAUUAUCAUGGAGACCGCCAAAGAGCGAUGGCGGAGCUAAGAUUAAGGGUUACAUAAUCCAACAGAAGGCUAAGGGCGACAAGGACUGGAAGGACGUCAACGAUGUUCCAAUCCCGAGCCUUGUGCAUACCAUUCCUAAACUCAAGGAGGGUGAAGAAUAUCAAUUCCGAGUCAUUGCAGUCAACGACGUUGGACGCUCAGAUCCAAGCAAGCCAACAUCAGACAUCACAAUUGCUGAACAGCCUAAUAAGCCUUGCAUGGAUCUCAGUGGAGUCAGGGAUAUUACUGUUCGUGCUGGAGAAGACUUCUCUAUCCACGUGCCAUACACAGGAUUCCCGCAACCGACCGCUUCUUGGUUCGCUGAAGAUAAUCCUCUUGAUGUCGACGGAGACUCAAGAAUGACGCAGAAGAUUACACCAGAAUCUGCGUCACUCGUUGUCAAGAACGCCAAACGUUCUGAUGGCGGACAAUACAGGCUACAACUUCGCAAUCCAUCGGGUUACGAUACAGCUACGAUCAAUGUACGAGUGCUGGAUAGACCUGGCAAGCCAGAGAACCUUCGCGCUGACGAAUUCGAGGGUGAAGCUCUCACGUUGUACUGGAACCCCCCGAAAGACAAUGGUGGUGGUGAAAUUACCAACUACGUGGUUGAAAAACGCGAAGCGCGUACGCCUAACUGGACUAAAGUAUCCGGAUACGUAACCACUCCGUUCUUACGCGUGAAGAACUUGGCUGUUGGAAGGGAUUAUGAGUUCAGGGUAAUGGCUGAGAAUCAAUACGGUCAAUCGGACCCUGUUCAGACAACUGAGCCUAUUAAGGCGAGACAUCCAUUCGACGCGCCUGGUGCCCCUGGAGCGCCAAGGUCCGUGGAGACCACGGAGUCCAGUAUUACCAUCACCUGGACCAAGCCAAGGCACGAUGGUGGCUCUCCUAUCACGGGUUACGUCGUAGAAAAGAGACUGAUCACGGAAGACAAAUGGACGAAGGCGUCUCAUGCGCAUAUACCCGACACUACUUACAAGGUGACGGGUCUAAUCGAGAACCAUGAAUACGAGUUCCGCGUGGCCGCCAUCAACGCGGCCGGCCAAGGACCAUACUCCCAGUCGUCAGACGCCAUCAGAGCCUGUGCCCCACCGAACUGCCCCAGGAUCACCAGCGACUUGAGUCUGAGAGACAUCACGGUCAUCGCUGGAGAGGAGAUCAAGAUCACCGUGCCCUUCACAGGCAACCCGAGGCCUAAGGUGUCCUGGAUGGUGAACAACGAGGAAGUAUUCCCUGACGCCCGGAUUCGCUUCGUGACGUCAGACAUUGACACCGUCUUCCUCAACUCGUGCGCCAAGAGAUCAGACACCGGCUCCUAUACUAUACAGCUGAUCAACAGCGAGGGCUCCGAUAGUGCCACUUGCAGAGUGCUAGUGGUAGACAAGCCUUCUCCACCAGUGGGUCCUCUCGAUGCCUACGACAUCACCCCAGACACAUGCACGUUAUCCUGGAGACCGCCCCUCGAUGAUGGCGGCUCCCCCAUCACCAACUACGUGGUGGAGAAGAUGGACGGAAGCGGAGUGUGGACCAAGAUAUCUUCCUUCGUCAGGAAUUGCCAUUACAAUGUGAUGGGCUUGGAGCCUAAUAGGAAGUACACCUUCAGGGUUAGGGCGGAGAAUCAGUACGGAGUGUCAGAUCCUCUGACCAUGGACGAUUCUAUCACUGCUAAGUUCCCCUUCACGAUCCCCGAUCCCCCGGGAACCCCUCGGGUCACGGACUGGGACGGCUCCACAGCCACCGUGGUAUGGGAUAGACCAAGAUCCGAUGGUGGGGCCAGGAUACAGGGAUACAAGCUCGAAUUCAGAGACGUGCAGGACGGCAUCUGGAAUGGCGCCGAUUAUCUGGUCAAGGACUGUAAUUAUCAGGCUUACAACUUAGAAGCCGGCCACGAGUACGAGUUCCGCGUGCGCGCGAAGAACGCCGCGGGCUGGAGCAAGCACUCGGCGUCGUCGUCCGGCUUCCGCGUGCGGCCGCGCUGCGGGCCCCCGCUGGCGCCCCGCGCGCCCCGCGUGGCCCGCGUCGGCAGGAACUACGUGGACCUCAGCUGGGACCCGCCCUCUAGCGACGGAGGCUCCCGCGUAACCGGCUACAUCAUCGAGCGCCGCGACGUCGGCGGCUCGGUGUGGGUGAAGUGCAACGACUACAAUGUCCAGGACACCACCUUCACCGCUAUGAACCUGGGGGAGAAGGCCGAUUACGAGUUCAGGAUUAUAGCUGUCAAUGCCGCGGGCAAAUCGGAGCCGUCAUCGUGCACCACCCCGGUUAGAACCGGCGAGGAGAUCGGCGGCACCAGGCCCGAGUGGGUGAAGAUGAUCCCCCCCCACAUGUGCGCCCCGCUCGGCCGCCCCUUCACUAUUGAGUGCGUGGCCACGGGCAACCCGGUACCCACCGGCAGGUGGCUCAGGAAUGGCAGGGAGAUUGUUCUGGGAACUAGAUUCAUCGCGGAGUCCCGCGAAGGCACUCUCAGCCUGAACAUCCUGGAGGCGACGGACGCCGACGAGGGAGACUACACUUGCGAGGCCGUCAACAACAUCGGCUUCAUCUACUGCACGGGACAUCUUAAGAUUGGCAACCCACCGCGCAUCACGAGAAUGCCGGGCGACCUCCACUUGCCAGAGCACGACAACACCAAGAUCAAGAUCCUGUACAGCGGAGACCAGCCGGCUGACGUCACGCUCACCAAGGACGGCCACAAGGUCACCGACUCGCCGCACCUCAAGUUCACCGUGUUCGAUGACUACAUCCUCAUCUUUAUCAAGGACAUUUCUAAAGAUGAUAUGGGAACUUACAAGGUUUCGAUCAAGAACAACUCGGGAGAAACAUCGGACACGUUCUCCGUCACCGUGACAGGGCUUCCAGGACCUCCGCAAGGCCCGUUGGAGACCACUGACAUCACCAAGCACUCGUGUACCCUAUCGUGGAAACCUCCCACUUACGACGGGGGUCUACCUGUUACCCACUACGUGGUGGAACGUAUCGAUACAUCAGGAACCACGUGGAUUACGAUAGCUUCCUCGGUUAGGGAUACGAGGUUCACGGUGCAAGGAUUGACCGAGGGACAGGAGUACAACUUCAGGAUACACGCCGCUAAUGAGAACGGAAUAGGACCGGCUUUGGAAGGCGCUAAUCCGAUUAAGGCCAAAGCACCGUUCGACCCGCCAUCAGCCCCCGGCGUCCCCAAGAUCCUGGAGGUGGGCGGAGACUUCGUGCACCUCGAGUGGGAGAAGCCCGCCAGCGAUGGUGAGGCUAGGAUACAAGGCUACUGGGUCGACAAACGUGAAGUGGGCACGUCAACAUGGCAACGUGUGAACGUCGCCUUAUGUCUGCCCAACCAACUGAACUGCCCGCAUUUGAUCGAGGGCCGCCAGUACGAGUUCAGAGUCACGGCGCAGAACGAGGCUGGACUAUCGCCGCCUAGCUCUGCUUCCCAGGAGGUCAAGGUCGUCGACCCCAAGGCCGCCACGCCACCAGAGAUCGUGAAGCCGCUGAAGAACGCCAACUGCAUCCAGUACCACAACGCCAAGUUCCAAUGCACCAUCACCGGUUCACCAAAGCCUACCAUCACUUGGUACAAGGGUGCUCGGGAAAUAACCAACGGCCCCCGCCAUCGUAUUUGGUCGGAAGGCGACAACCACUUCCUCACCGUGAUGGACGUGUUCGGCGAGGAUGCGGACGAGUACGUGUGCCGAGCUGUCAACAGGGCAGGCGUCAAGAGCACCAGGGCUGAGCUGCUCAUCAUGACCGCACCAAAACUGAACGUGCCACCACGGUUCCGCGUCACAGCGUACUUCGACAAGGGAGAGAACGUGGUCAUCAAGAUUCCAUUCACCGGUCACCCCGUGCCCAAGAUCACGUGGGUCAGAGAAGGAGAGGUCAUUGAGUCUGGUCUUCAUUACCACGUGGAGAGGAAAGAACGCCACGCGAUCUUGACGAUCCGCGACGCCAGCAAACUGGACUCUGGCCCUUACCGCAUCACCGCCGAGAACGAACUGGGUCAGGAUUCCGCCAUCAUUAAUGUUGAGAUUAGCGAUCGUCCCGACCCGCCAAGAUUCCCGGCCACAGACAACAUAGGCGUGGACUCUCUGGCUCUAAGCUGGAAGGCACCAGUAUGGGACGGCGGAUCAGACAUCACCAACUAUCUGGUGGAGAAGAGGGAGCAUCCCAUGUCCAGCUGGAUCCGAGUCGGGAAUACCAGAUUCACAACAAUGGCGAUCACAGGCCUAGUGCCGGGCAAACAGUACGAGUUCCGAGUGUACGCCGAGAACAUCUACGGCCGGUCAGAGCCUAGCGAGCCCACGUCGCUGGUGCAGACCAAGGCAGUGGUGAAGAAGGAGUUCAAGAAGAAGGAAUACCCAGUGGACGAAACAGGCAAACGUAUCCGCACGAACGCGGACCACGGGCCCGUGAAAGACUACGACAGCUACGUGUUCGACAUUUACAGCAAGUACGUGCCGCAGCCGGUCGACAUCAACACUUGUUCGGUGUACGACAAAUACGAUAUACUGGAGGAGAUUGGUGACUUCGUGAGAGCUUCUAAACGGAGGCGCGCCGGAGGCACAGGCGCGUUCGGCGUCGUGCACCGCUGCCGGGAGCGAUCCACGGGCAACUACUUCGCCGCCAAGUUCAUUCCCGUCUCCGGAGCUAUGGAGAAGGAGCUUAUUAAGAAAGAGAUAGAUAUAAUGAACCAGCUGCACCACAGGAAGUUGAUCAAUUUGCACGACGCGUUUGAAGAUGAUGACGAAAUGGUGCUCAUAUUCGAGUUCCUAUCCGGCGGCGAGCUAUUCGAGCGUAUCACCGAACCAGGAUAUAGCAUGAGCGAAGCCGAGGCCGCGCACUAUAUGAGGCAGAUCUGCGAAGGCGUGAGACAUAUGCACGAGCAGAACAUCCUCCACCUUGAUCUCAAGCCGGAGAAUGUCAUGUGUCAGACCAGAAGUGGCACAGACGUCAAGAUCAUAGACUUCGGUCUCGCCACGAAGCUGGAUCCCAACGAAGUGGUGAAAAUAUCGACUGGAACGGCGGAGUUCGCGGCGCCCGAGAUUGUGGAACGCGAACCGGUCGGCUUUUACACCGAUAUGUGGGCUGUGGGAGUGUUGUCAUACGUAUUACUGUCCGGCCUAUCACCGUUCGCCGGUAACAACGACAUCGAAACACUGAAGAAUGUGAAAGCAUGCGACUGGGAGUUUGACGAGGAAGCCUUCCAGCACGUCUCCGACGACGCCAAGGACUUCAUCAGAAGGCUGCUGGUGAAGAACAAGGAGAAACGUAUGACCGCCCACGAGUGUCUGAUGCACAAGUGGCUGGCCGGAGACGCGGCCGCGGGCAGGACCGCCACCAUCGAGGCCAGGAGGUACGAGGCCAUGAGGAACAGGCUCCGGGAGAAGUACGAGAACUGGUCAUCGUUCGCGCUGCCCAUCGGCAGGCUGAGCGAGUACAGUUCCCUGAGGAAGUUGCUCAUCGAGAAAUGGAAGAUAUACGACGGACAAUUCGAUCGUCGCCAGGCGGCGCCACGGUUCGUGAUCAAGCCACAAUCAGCUUUCUGCUACGAGGGCCAGUCGGUGAAGCUGUACUGCCGCAUCAUCGCGUGCGCAACUCCUACGGUCACCUGGUCCAGGAACAACCACGAGCUGAGGCAGUCUGUCAAGUUUAUGAAGAGAUACGCGGGCGACGACUACUACUUCAUCAUCAACCGCGCCAAGCUGGAAGAUCGCGGAGAGUACAUCAUCAGGGCUGAGAACCACUACGGCUUCAGAGAGGAAGUCGUCUUCCUAAACGUACAACCGGUACCAAAGGUACAACGCCAACACCUGCCCGAAGCGCCGCGGCGGCGCGAAGCCCUACCGUACACGUUCUGGCAGGAAUCCAGCGAGACGGCGCCCGUGUUCACGUUCCAGCUGCGGCCGCGUGUCAUGCAGGCCCGCGACACCUGCAAGCUGCUCUGCUGCCUCAGCGGGAAGCCCACGCCCACCGUCAAAUGGUACAAGGAUAGAAAGGAGCUGUCCAAGUUCGACUACGCGAUGACUCACGCCGAUGGAGUUGUCACGAUGGAGAUCAUCGACUGCCAGCCGGGAGACAGCGGGAAGUACACCUGCAUCGCCACCAACAUCCAUGGCACUGACGAGACCUCUUGCGUGGUCAUCGUUGAAGGCGAGGUAGUGUCCCCCGAGCAGGCGCAGCUGGCACACAACUUCUUGUACUCCGGAGACAGGCGGUACAUCGAGAAACCUAUCAAACCAGCACCGCCGCCCAUCAUCACCAAGACUAAGGUGACAAUAGACCCGCCAGCGAAGACUCACACGGCCGCGCCGAGACCCAAGUAUUCACCGCAGUCGUCGGUGGACGCCAAGAAGAAGUACGGACCUAAGUUGGACUCCGACACUUCAUCGAGGUCGAGGAGUGCCACUAAGGAAUUAGUUUUGCCGGCGUCGGACGCCACAAUGUGCGCGCCGUCGUUUGCGCGCGCGCUGCCCGACGUGCUGGCCGCGCGGGACGGCGCGCCGCUGCUGCUCUCCUGCGCCGUGCGCGGCGACCCCGACCCCAGGGUCGAGUGGUUCAAGAACGGGAAGCCGCUGCACUCCUCCGAGGUUGUGGACCUUAAGUACAAAAACGGCGUUGCCUCCCUGGCUAUCAACGAGGUGUUCCCCGAGGACGAGGCGGAGUACUCGCUGAGGGCCAUCAACAGUCAGGGCCAGGUCGAGACCAAGUGCAAGGUCUCCGUCAAACCUAUGGACAGCAGCGCGGCGCCUGGGACACACAAGGCAGGCGACAAGCCGCCAAAGAUAGUCGACCACGCCGUCUCGCAGAUCGUCACAGAUGGCGACAUGGUCACACUUUCGUGCAGAAUCACGGGCGCCGAGCGUUUCGACGUGGUGUGGUUGCACAACAACAAGGAGAUCAAGCCUUCCAAGGACUUCCAAUACUCCAACGAGGCUAACAUCCACAAACUGAGCAUUGCUGAGAUAUUCCCUGAGGACGCCGGCGUGUACACAUGCGAGGCGUUCAAUGACGCCGGCGAAUCGUUCUCGUGCUGCUCGCUGGUGGUGCGCGUGCCCGGCGAGGCUCCGACCACCCCGCAGUACACCGCGUUCCCCGCAGCCACCACCGUCUGCAGCGGGGAGCCGGCCGUCUUCACUGCUGAGCUGGAUAAGCCACCACUCCAGCUCCAAUGGUUGAAGGACGGCAAGCCAGUCGACGAGACGUCGCCCAGGUACAGGUUCACUAUGGACGGCACCUCCAGGUACAGAUUCGAAAUCGUCAAGUGCACGCCCGAAGACAGUGGACAGUACCAAGCACGCGCCGUCGGCUCCAAGGGAGACUCGUUGGCGGCAUUCUAUCUUAACGUCGCGGAUAUUUAAAUAAGAUGUGAAAAAAUACAUGGACUGACAUGGGACCCAAGUCACACCCUUGGGGUACUCCCAACCAAAAUUUAUUUUAAACUGGAUAAUGAUACGAUUACUGCGUAUAGAUAAUUUUUAUACAAUUCGGAGUCUAAGCGUGAAAAGGAGUUUUUUUUUAUAAUAUAAAUUAUUUAUUAAUUCGUUAAGUAUCGUUAAGUGUUACACCCUAUCGAAUGCCUAUGAGAAGUCGGACGAUCGAAUCCUUGCUCUCUAGUCACUGUUAACUAUUGAAUGUUAAUUUAUUUAUUGUCGAAUUUAUCCGUUGUUAUUUUCAUUUUUGUUUAAUUUUAUUUAUCGUCCUGGCCUAACAGUCUUAAUCGCAGCUUCCUUACAAUUAAGCUUGAGUUUAUCAAUGUUGCACGGACCCCGGUCGGGUUUCUGACUCUCUCGGUAAUAUUUUUGGCGCCACCAUGAAAUAUUGCCGAAAAGGUCCCCACGACCCGAACGAGAUCUGUAAUAUUAUUUUUAUAUAAAUUUAACUAUAUUAUUUAAUUGUACAUAAUUUAAUUUAUAUCAUGUGACAGCGUAAUUUAUAAAUAAAUAUGUAUACCUUAAAAAUUA